AUGAGAUUUCAAUUUAGUUGCAGGGAUUUCGCCCGCUCCGAAAGCUACUGCCAUCUGUUCAUAGCAGCUUGUUCAACAGGCCAAGCAUGCGUGGGGUGCUUUGUGCACGAACAACUCGCAAGUCGUCGUCACUUUCACGCAUCUCCUACUAUGACCUCAGAUGAACGGCUGCAGCAAGGACUGCAGAUCGUUGGAGAAGCCAUCAAUAUUGAGCCGUAUGACUUUCAAGACCACGAAACCUGGAAGUUCCUCGGGCUUGGGGACAUGCUUGCCGCCGCGACGGCCUCCGACUUGGUUAAUGCUGGCAUCCCAGUACCCGUUGAUGUCUUCGCUAGAUGCCCGACGGUAGGAGAGUUCAAAGCCUUCCUUGUGGGCGAUGUGAAGCGAACAGAGAAUGCUGUCCAAGACACUGCCACCUCUGCACCAGUCGAGCCAGCAGAUCCCUGGGAAGGCGUUCCCAAGCCGAAAGUGCCCUUAUCGGUAGUGCUUCAAGGCCAACCAGACAAUGCCAGCACAGUGGCCUUUCUGCUUCCUGACGGGAGCGGAGCAGGCACGUCUUACGGCACUCUACCAACUGUGGGCGGCAACGUCUGCCUGAUUGGCCUCAACUCGCCAUUCCUGCGCCAAGCUGAGAACUUCACUUGCUCCAUCGAACGGAUGGCCAGGUUGUGGAUCAACGAGAUUCGCAAAUAUCAGCCCAAAGACAGGCCAUACACGCUUGGUGGCUGGUCUGCUGGUGGCUACUACAGCUUCGAAGUCACGAAGCUUCUCACAGCCGCCGGCGAGAAGGUCGAGAGAUUGAUUUUGAUCGACUCUCCUUGUCGACUACGAUAUGAAGCAUUACCUGCGCAAGUGGUCGCAGAACUUACGAAGAAAGGCCUCAUGGGUGCUUCCGGGGCCAAGAAAGCGCCAGAAUGGCUCGUGCAACACUUUACUUCAACAGUGCUGUCAGUCGAGAAAUACACUCCAGUCCCGCUUCCUCAGAACCAAGUGCCGCCCAAGGUCAACCUCAUCUGGGUGAAAGACGGCUUGGUCAAGAGUGUUCCCGAGUCCGGCCUUGACGUUGAUAUGAAAGUCAAGGUCACCAGGUUUCUACUUGAGCCAAGGCCACAUCUUCAGAGUGAGGGAUGGGAGAUAUUACUUCCAGGCGCGACCUUUACAUUCGACUACAUGACCGGUAACCAUUUUCAGAUCACUCAGCCGCCUCAUGUGAGUAGCUCACGGGCUCUGACAGUCUUGGUCACCUCACCGCGUGUAUCGCACAUGGCCAGCGACCAGAGCCUCUGUGGCUUGAUGCGUGGUACAUCUCCCAACCCUAGCUGCUCGCGUGGUAAUCUAUCAGCGCUGAACGCAGGAUGCGAGGUAAUUCGAGCACAUUUCGCUAUUCACGAAAGGAUGGAGCAAUUUUGCUCUCUAAAUACACUCCGCUCCGCCGGCGCUACCGAUUUCUCCCCCGAAGACUUUGGGUAA